AUGGUCCAGGAUUUAAGGGAGAAAAAGAGCCUGAAAAGGGUCGAGGGACUUUAUUCCGAAACGGUAUAUUGUUGGGCUGGUGUGUGCGUUGUUGGGGUUUAGGGGUUGCGGACCGGUAGCACUAGAGGGUGGCUUGGCUGGUUGCAGGAGGGCGCAUGAGUUUUCUUCCCUUCCUCGCUCGAGCAGCAGCAGCAACCAAGUAAAGCUAUUCUUAUGUUCUCUCCUCUGUUAUAAGCUAUACAAGCAGACAUUGCAAAUGGCAGCGGUUCCCUUCUUCCCAUCCAGUUGCAUCAAAAAGUGCAAUAAUAUUAUGCACCAGUCCCCCCACGGUUUCGAUGCUGUGAUCUAUGAUGAAAGUAUCAAGUGGGUCGCGAUUUAAGGAGAAACUUACGAUUUUUCAGAAAUGGCCCCCGGGGAUGAGAGCAAUCUCAUAGAAGCAGUUGUCACGUGUGAGGGAAAUCUUCAAGACCCCAACUUUUCGGAACGAUUUCAAAUACUUAUCUUAGAUCUUAAAACUUUGCUACGAGAAGAAGAAUUAGUAAAGGUAAAGAAAAUUGAACCAUGGAACUCCGUACGAGUGACGAUCAGUAUUACCAAAGAGGCGGCCCAGAAACUGAAACAGCUUGCCCAACAAGGGUCGCCUGUACUCAAGUCCCUCGGUAUACUCACUGUUCAGGUGGAUGGGGAUCAGCUAAUAUCUUUAACUAUCGCUGGCCAAAAUAAUCAGUCGACGGAACUGAUCCUACGAGAAGAUGGACCACAAGCCGCUUCUUCUUCUUCUACGCCAGCGUCGACGUCCCACCACCUGCCGCUUUUACAACAACAAACGCCAUGCCCUCCACCUCAACACGCACCACCACAUGCUCCCUCUGGUCCACAUGUUCCCUUGGGACUCCUCUCGCCAUCUCCCUCCUCCUCAGCCUUCAUACGUAGUCCAAACGUUGUGGCUCCGGCUGGAGAGUCCAUCCCUGUGUUACCACCUAAGUCCACUUCAUCGUCAACAUUCACACCUCACUCACGCCCUUCGUCAUUGGGACUGGGGGGCCCAUUCCCUUUCGCCAGCAUGGCGCAUGCUGCUCAAACUAUGCAAAGGACUGAUCACCCCAACAUGUCCUCUUCUACUACUACUGCCACGCAUUCAAUAAGUAGUAGCAGCAGCAGCAGUGUAACUAAUAUUAAUCUUCAUCAAGCAGUCAAUAGUACAAACUCCCCAACGGUUAUGUCGCCAGCAACUCCUUUAACGGCGGCACCAAACUCAUCAUCACAAAUAAACCAGACAUCAACAACAUUCUCUUUCCCUCCACAUCAUCAAACCGUUCCGUCGUCGUCGCCACACAACUCUAGGGCUCAGUUGAGCAAUUCUUAUCAACAUCAAGUUAGUGGCUCGGGUGCCCUGAAAAGUGAACAGUUAGUGCAUCGGUUUGAUGGAGGAGGAGGAGGAGUGUCCAAUAAUUCGUCUCCCAGUCUCAAUCCACCAAGUCAGAGCUUACAACUUCAAAUUGUGAAUGCUCCACCGCCUUAUCCUGGUGUGAAUAGUGGUCGUGGAAGUAACAAUGUGAGUAAUGCUAAUAACCUAAAUCUUAAUUUAUCCUCCUUGCCCAGUGGUGGUAAUGUCAAUGUCAAUCAACAUCAUCUACAGCUGAACGCGAACAAUAGUGCUAAUUUACAAGGUGUGAAUGUGGAACGAUCAUCAGGUGCUCCUUUCUCCUCCCCUUCAGUGGUGUCCUCCUCCUCCUCAUUCAGUAACAGUAGUGGUAGUAGUAAUAUGACCCUUAUGAGAUCUAUCAGCAGCCCAACCAUGACCUCUUCUUUAUCUGCUACUCACAAACAACACAGUAAUAUGCUCAUCACAGAGAGCAGUAGUAGCUUGCUGGGCUCCUCAUCGUCACAGCAGCAACCAAUGUCCAGCCCACUGUUGGUGAACUUGCUCCAGAACAACGAAGCUCUUGGUGGAGGUGGCUCAUCAUCUACGAACCAAGGUCAAGGUUUGAUGAACAUAAUGCUUCCCCCAGGCUCUUCUUUGGAGCAUAAAAAGCUGAUUCUAGCCCAACAUUUGCAAGCACGAAAGGCAAAGAGAGGUCUCAGUUUAGAGAGUGCUUCCCUUGUGGAAGGGGGCGGACAGUCUAACAUUGGAGGCAAUGUCAUCAUGGUGGGUGGCUCGUCGUCAGAAUUAUUAGGGAGUUCACAUAAUAGUGCUGAUGUAGCUGCUGGGACUCUAAGUGAUCGAGCUUCUCCUACCCUGCUACACCAAAGUCAAAAUAUUGUUGGGGUGGAAAACAGUAGUAGUAAAUCAUUGACAGAAAUCAUGCCUUCAAUUCCAUCGUCAUCCGAGUCGUCGACCCCAAGUCAGGCGUUUCCAACUAGGAUGACCAAUGUCCCAUCAAUAUCUGUUGGUCAUCCCAGACCCUCAUCAGAUCUUUCCACCACCGCAACAAUUUUGCAUGGAAGGACAAUCAUCCAUCAAGGAAACGUACGGGUUUUCAAUCCGGGUCAGAUUCGAGCGAUAAGGCUGCCUCACACAAAUACCACCACCAGCAAUAGCGGUAGUACUAUUACACCACCGCCCAACAACGCAAACUCUCCAUCCUCAUUCAUCCUGGGGAAAUCCUUGAUGACAACGACUCAGCCUGUAUACGGUGGCAGUGGUGGUGCUGGGGAAAGUUUGGUAGAAGAUCAUGUGCUUAAUGGACCCAAGAGCAACAAGAGUUUCCAGCAUUUUCAGGCUCCUCCCCAUCCUUCUCCCCAGUCCUCUUUCAAUGCUACUUCAUCCUCCUCCUCCUCCAUGCCCUCCCCAAUGUCAACAGAAGGGGUGGUGAAGCUGGAGCCAAACGUGAACUAUUCUGCGGACCAAUCUUCUCGUACCUCUAUGGAUAAUAUGAAUAUAAAUUCGGCUACCACUUUGUCAAGUACUGUGACAUCAUCAUCAAUAAAUAGUAAUUUUGUUAGCCAUAGCACUAGUUUACGUAAUAUCUUCAUUCCACCCUCGUCGUCGAUAGAUUCUACCACAAAUACCACCUCCUACACGACAAAUCAUAUGAGACUGUCCCCACCCAAGCCAACCAUUCAAGAAAGACAACAAGCGCAAAGUGCUGUGCAAGUGCAAUCACAAGAAGCCAAAUUAUUUCCUAGUCAGCAUCACCACCAGAACCUCCCAUAUAACAUAUUGAAGGGCAUGAACUCUUCAAACCUACUGCUACCCCCUCCCACUACUACGACUGCUACCAGCGCAGGUGGGAAACGUCGUCAGCUUAUAAAUCCGUUGACUGGACAUUUAGAGCCGAUGCCCAGUGAAAGCAGUUCGGAGAGUGACGAGGAUGGUAAUAAUUCCAAUAAGAGAAAAGUUAAAGGAAGUCGAGGGAAGACGGGACGAAUUCGGGGUGGCGGCAUAAUACCAACCGGUCCAGGAGCGAUUCAGCACCGUCAAAUUGUCACAACCACAACAACUGGGGUCACUGUUGCUCGUGUUCUCAAGUCCAUGGGGGGAAAUGAUUCUCAAAAGUUUGUAUCGGAAGAUCGAAAUCAUUUUCCUCAUCAAAAUUGUCUAACUGUGGUCCCCGUAACGAUCUCAUCUCCCUCAGCAGCAACAUCCAAUAUGCAAAUAAUGUCCCGGAAGUCAUCUCGUGACGAAGGAGUUGUUGAUAUGGGCUUAGCUACGAUCACCUCCUCUUCUAAGGACAAAGACCCCUCUUUGGUGACGUCUAUCGCCGCCGCCACAACCACAACUACGUCCACGCACACCCACCACCACCACCAACAACAAUUGACAGGGAAGGAAGCUAAGCAGCUAGAACCACCUGGAGAAAAAAUCAAGUUGAGACUUAAAUUGGAGAAAAAUGAGCCAAUUUCUCCAGCUUACAAAGUGGACGUGUCGUUUCUCAAGAAAUCUGAAAAGGGUUCUGCGACCACCACCAACGCGAUACCAACUGGUUUGCCUACUUCUUCAUCUGGUGCUUCAACUACGAGUGCUAUCUCCACUGGUUCAGUUAUCAGUAAUCCAAGUUAUUCGUCGCCGUCAACUGUAUCGUUGCCUACAGAUCAGCCACGAGUCCCACCCCUUCAUAUUUCCCUUCGAGGCAAGAAUGCUGCGGUGGUUGUGAGCUCGCCUCGAAGAGAUGACGAUUCCUUCUCGGCAUCAUCAUCCCAACUUAGCUUUAUGGUGGAUGGAGUAAACAAACCUGGAGCUCGAAUCCUUGGGAAGGGGGGCAAGCUAAGGAAAAGUCGAGUCAAAAGUAGUGAGAUUGAAAGUGACCCUGAAAAUUUUCGCCGUUUAAAAAACCCUUCUAAAUUGUCUCAUCUAAGGUUGAACAAGGAUUCCAGUUUUAUCAUGCCCGCAAGCACUCCCACAAAUCCAAAUGAGUGGGAUAUAAUUACAAAUCAUUCGUCAAAUAAUUCUCUAAAGUCCAGGUUAGAGCCACCAUCGUCACCAGCUGCUGGAAAAUCUUUCCCUCCGACCUUGACUUCCAGUAAUGUCAAUAUUAAAGAUCUCAUUCUCUCUGAAAGUAGAACUUCUACCAGCAGAGACAUGAUGGCAACCUUCAGUUCCAGCUCCAUUCCAAACCCUACAGUCAAGUUAAAGAGCAUAAGUGGACGACGAGCCUCUGACUCUGAAGUCAAAGUUGACCACCAACAACAUAAUGUCCCUUCAAUGGGAGUCCGAUCCCUAGUGGAAUCCAAGCUCCCUCUUCCAAGUACCAUCCAACAGCUUAGCCCUUCUCCUCCCCUGCUCGACUCAUCGUCCUUGUUGUUCCAACAUUUGUCAAAGAAAGAAGAUAUCACAUUACCAUCAUCAUCGGUACCCAUCUCGCCAGUCCCCGCUGCUGUUUCCCCUCUGGGUGGGCCAAAUAGCAGCAUGGUCACCCCUAGCGAGUCGUCGUCUAGCAAUAACGUCGUCACUCACGUUCAAGUUUCAACGACAGCAACAUCCUGCAUAACAGCAUCAUCGUCAACCUCUGUCCUUACCCUUACAUCAACCGCCACGGGUGCAACAAUUACAACUGCCAAGGGUAUUUCCGUCACAGACGUUGUUCGGAUUACGACGGCAUCAACGCCGACCAGCAGUACUUCCACCACGGUUUCAGAAAGUGCAAAACCAAAUGUAAAUGUUAAGUAUCAGGAAACUGUCACCUCUUCUGCAGGGCCCCAUAUCACUCCAAAUAAACUUAUACGAGCCAAUUUGCCACAACCACUGGACAUUUCGGCUGCACAGGCUAUACUACCGCUAUCAUCAUUAUCACCAUUGGAAAACAUCAAAUCUUGUACGCCAACAUCCAAGAGCCCCAACAAACCUCUCCCUGACCUUCUGGCUCUCCCAAUAAGUCUUGCUGUUCCCACUGACGUAGUAAAAAUAAACAAUCCUCCGCCAAAUUUGACACCACUAACAUUGGGGUCUGAAAUCGCCACUACGACAGCCACAACCACCACCACUACUGUUCAACAAGGGCCGACAUCUUUUCAGCACAUACCAUCAGUUUGUCUUGAAACGGCUCCUAUAUCUAAAUUAAUUCCGACUGAAAAACAAAUUUCUACAGUAACCGCAGAAGACGUGUCUUCUCGUCGUAAUUUUCCUCCCUCAGAAAUUUUAACGGGGGUAUCGGAUGUUCCAAUUUAUGAAGUAAAAAAGACUAGCUCAUCACCAUCUGAUUCAAUUGUUAGUGAAGAACCACCACGAGUAGCACACACCGCGUCGUCAGCAUUGACGAGUUUUACCCAGCAAUCCGCAAAGUCAUCAUACUUAUCCAAUACAAAUGUUGCUUAUUCCUUGCCAAAACCCCCAGGAUCUGUUCCAAUUCUUAGACCAAAAAAGCAAGCUCCUAAAGUUAGCAUUGGAACUUCCAUUGACUCUGAACUGCAAUCUCUUACCCCGUCCCCUUCAUUGAGAGAACUAUUGGAAAAAGAAAAGGAACAAAACAUGCGUUCCUCCAUUCUGCAGGAGGUUGUGCGUAUUCCCAAAAAUUCAGUUGAUAUCAACAAGAUGGUUGCUUCGAAACUAAGUGAAAUCAUGCCAGAAGAACAAAGGGCACCAACAUUUGAUGUUAACAUUGACAAAUGUGUUAAAGUGAAUCAUGUUAAUGAGCAGUUGCAAAAUUGUGCCGAAAUACCAAAUGUAGUUCCAGCAACAAUCCUUGAUGAAAAAUUGAUUGUAUUUGCCACUAAAUCAAUUCCACCUCCAUUCGAUAAAGUUGACGAUAAAUUGGGAUUGUUGCAAGAACCAACUUGUAAUGCAAAAGAAGGAGUGGGAGCAAGUGCGAACAUCUCAUCCGACCAAUCAUUUGAUAACAAAGCAGUGGCUCCGGAGAAAGGAAGUAUAGCAACUCUGGUAGACGAAUCGUUGCCGUCAACUUCAACUGUGACCCCGAAUGCUCCUCUGCCAUUUCCACUUAUUCUUCCCAAGGCUGAAGGUGAUCAUGCCGGAGGAGGAGUUCCGGGGGAAGAUUCUGGCAUUGACUCAAUGGAUGCACUGUCAGAAAAAAGUCCAAAUCAAGGGGAAAGUCCAGCUAGAAAGGAAAUUGAGGUGUUUGGAGAGUCUCAUCAUUCUCAUUUACCAUAUGGGGGUACGUCGCUAUCUCGCACUUCUCCCAAAUUAGAACCAGAGUCUACCUUGAUUGUAACAAGUUCACCAACUAUACCAACUGAACAUACAGUUCAACCCAUUCCUCAACAACACGAAAACCCAGCCACAUGUCCUCCUAUUCUUUCGCCUCAGCAAGACACGAAGGAUGUCGAGAUUCAGAAAGCUACAGAAACAAUAAACGUGCCUUGUGUAGAAUCUAACUCUCCAUUUAGAGUUCAAACUGAAAUUAGCGUCGUCUGUGAAUCACACGACGAUUCUACGGUCACCGCCAUUCCAACGUCUACUUUACCAGCGAUGGUCGAUAAUCCCACAAACCAGGAAGUGGCGAAAGUUGAAGCGGACAACGGCAGUGAUACAAACCUGAAAGCACAGCAGAAAAGUCCUGUUGUUGUUGAUGAUAAAAGUCCUGAAAUUAAGGCUGAGGUAUUAACAAAUUUCGGCGAGGCAGAAGAAUCAAAAGUUGAAACAUCUUCAUCUCAUUGCGAUCAAGUGGACUCGCAACUUAUUAACUUUCCAGAUAAUGUCGUAGAUGCUCUUCCGCCUGACGAAAUCUCACAUGAGAGAGAAUCGCAAUUGUUGUUGCUAAAUGAGAAACUUCCAAGUGCUGACAUACUAGAAGUUACUCAAGUAAAUGCUUCAGACUCCAUAUCUUCAGAACAAACAUUCGAACCCGUUGACGCCAUUCAAGAACUGCACCAGCAAAAACUUGCAGCGCUCCAAGCUCCAAAACCACAAGUAAUUAUUCACAAUGCUAAAUUCCGUAGAGCUAAAUUGGAAAAUAUUGUUGCUGCGAUUGGUACGAAAAACAUUGAGCGGGUUGCAAAAGUGUCACCAGUCGAUACAAGUGUUUCUUCUUUGGACAACAUAAACACUUACACCGAAAGUUCUCUACUUGAAGAAAAGCUUGGUCCCGUGUUGGAAGUAACUUCAAACGUGAAAUUGAUAAAAGUCGAUAAGGUGGUAACAAAUGCAUUUAACGAGUCACAUGUUCCACCAAGCAGUGAAAUGCAGACCGAGCUGGAUGAAAUUCAUAUUAUGUCUGCAUUGAACCCAGCCACCUUGGCUACUCCGGUGCCUGAACUUAAAGUAUCGCCAACUUUAGAGGAGGGAAUAAAAGUUGAAAAAAUUAGUGGCAAUCUUAGUCCUGUCCCCAUCUUGAAUCACAAAAUUAUUCGUCAAAGUAGUGUGCCCUCAGCAAAGACAGUAGACCCACCAAGCGAGAAAAAGGGAAUCUCUUUGUCAUCUAAAGAGGUCUUGACGACAGCAAGAUCAUCAUUACCACAGGGUUUGGAAACGGGUGAGCAAUUCGACAUAAAAGAACAAGCCGUUAAAAACCCUGAACCACAAAAAUUAGUUACGUCUGAAAAAACCGUACCCGCGAAUCUGAUUACCACAUCACAAUUACCAAUACCAGCUCCAAAACUUGAUCUUGAGACGGUAGCGUCAUCAUCGUCUUCGAACCCUCCCCCUAUCACCCUUCAUUCUCGAGCUAAAAGUCCUCAACAACCAAUAUUGGAACCACAAACACUAACAAUCAAACCAAAGGGUAGGCCGAAAAUUAAUCGAAGAGGACAGGAUAAGCCACCAAAGCUGUCAAAAGCGACAGAAACCGAUCCUCGCCCAGAAACUGCAAACCCUCCCAGACUAGAAAUUGGUGUUGCUAUGAACGUUUCGCCUAGUUCUUCCGCCAAGUCUCCUCCCAACAUUGGCGACCAGCUACCACUAAAGAUGACGGAAAUGGUUGCCAGCGGCCCUCCACUUAUUAGUCCUCAUCAAGUAGGUCAUCCCACAUCCCCCUCGUCCUCAUCCUCAUCCUCUCAAACAAUAAAACUUUGUCAAGUAGUCCCAAUAACGUCGACUCCACAACUCGUUCAACCAUCGACAGUGCAUGCAAAGACACCACCACCGGUACAACAACUUAAGUCUAUUAGCGUUUCACUAGCCGCCACAGCGAGCACAAGUCUGGCCCCUCAACAGCGAUCACUUCCAAAUAUGAUUCAACUGUCAAAAGCUAUUCCAAUACCUUCAAACUCAAAUUUGUCCCAAGCAAUCUCAUCCAUGGGUUCAAUUACAGUGCCACUUCAAUCCAACGCCACGGCCGCCUUAGCUGCUGGCUCAGGACACACUUUUACUAUUCAUCCUAACAUGAUUCCUUCGAAUCUAACUCAUCUCCAUCAUGGUCAAUCGUCAUCCAUUACAGUGCUGCCAGGAGGUCAGAAAAUGAUCCCUGUAAAACUGGUGACAAUUCCAAGACAGUCUUCAAAUCAGUUUCAGACCAUCCCACUUUCAGGAAUGUCACACAACCGUUCUUCUCCAAACAUUUUAGAGGCAGUCAACAUUGUGACUAAUUCAGGAUCUCGAUCUAAUUCACCAAAGACGCAGAUGGGGAACUCUCCUUCACAAGGAGGACCGGUCAUCAAUUUAAACUCUGUCUCGCUUCCUGGAGGAGGAAAUAUCCAACUUGUCCCAAUCUCAAUCGCGUCGUCGGUGGCUGGUGGUGGUGGUAGUGGCUCCUCCAACCCAGUAAAAGUUCUCCUAUCUCAGCCAGUGAAACUGAAUCAGUCUCUUCCACAUUCUCACCAGCAGCAGCAAAUGAUUGUCAAGUCGGUUAUGAUGGGGCAGGACGGAGCUCCCACUACAAUUCAAGUUGUUCGACCUGGAGAGGGUGGGAUGAUGCAAAAUAUUGCGGUGGUUGCAACAAAAUCUGAACCACCAACAGCAGUACCACAGCAGUCGUUUCUGAAAAAGCAGAUCUGUCCAACAGUAGCAGCUACAUCAACAACUCAAUUUCGACCUGUUGAUCCGGUUCCAUUAAAGUUUGUUUCGUAUAGUCAAUUAACCUCAGUUGGAAUUAUCGAUCAGCAUCAAAAAGUGGCUGCAGAUACAAAAUCUCAAAAAGCGAUAGUAUCUCCACCACAAACGGAUAUCCCAUCAUCACCAUCAUUAGCCACUCCUGCCUCUCAGAAGUCGUCAGUGCAAAAGCGAGUUGAUGAUUUGGAAGUCUUGGAUUCUGAGCUGAAUCAAAUAAAUGACGACGAUUUGCCCCUUGAAGCUGACAUUAUUCAUGAUUUAAAAGACUUGGAAGACGUAUUGGCUGGAGAAAGUAUCGAAGGUCAAGAAAACGGAAUUAAUUCUCCGUACGAUUUUACCAUUGAGGAAAAACUACCAGAAAAAUAUCAUGGGGGAUUGAGAAAGCAGCAUGAGAAAGAUUCCCAAGCGUUGACUAAUAAGAAGGAGUCUGAGGAUGCUAAUCUUGACACAAAUUCUUCACCCGACUCUCCAAUUCCAAUAAUUCGAUCAUCCUCUCCGUUGUACACCUAUGGGAAUCGCUCCAGCAAGACAUCUCGCUCUCCGUCUCCUACAGAUGAAUCGUCGGAUGUUCUUCACGGUGAAGAUCAGGAGAUCAUUGAUUCAUUUAAUCGUUCACGCUCUCGCUCGCGUUCACCUUCUCAACCAAAACUGAGUCCACAGAAUAAGUCCAGCUCGGUAGAUGACCAACACAAAAACAGCCCCAUGAAACCCGACUUAACUGCUUUCGAGGAUACAACCUUGAAUCAGUUGUUGUCUAUUGAAAUUCCUCCAGUUGACUUGAUCUCUGAUAAUCAACUUCAAAAUCUACCUACAGACGAAAGAAAACCUACUCGAAGUACUCGUUCGAAUACCAGGCUUGUCAGCCCUGAUAUCACAGCUUUCAAAAGUGACACUCCAAAGCCGGCAAAGUUCUCAUCGAAGCCCGAUCCACACAUUUUGAGAAACAGUCCGAGACCAAGUCCGACUGGAAGUUUGAAAAUGUUGAGCCCAACGAUGAGCUCAGGCCUCACUUUGACCCCCUCAUCGUCGAACAGAUCUAGCCCUAUUUCAUUGGGAGGAGGAACACCAUCCAUUACCAGCAUCACCACCAACUCGAAUCAUGUCAAUUCUGUUACUGCGGCUGCAUUGGAAAAAAUAAGUGCACAUCUAAGCAAUAGUAGUACCGGAGGAAGAGGUGGUGCUACUCACAAGGUUUUUAAUUCAAAAAGAAAACGUCAAGAGUCUGACAGCAGUAGUGCUUCAAAGGAUGAAAACAAUGAGGAAAAGUCAGAAAUUGAUUUAAAUACUAGACCUGGAAAACGAAGAUGCUCAGAAAACGCUGCUGAGCUGAUAAAAGCAUGCAUCGGAAUUGAAGACACCCCGAAAAGGAACAGUAUGCUAAUAAAGAGAAUGGAGGAGUCAAAUAAGCUCAAGGAAGCCAAACUAAAGAAAGCAAUGGCCACUUUGGUGGAAGAAACUGAAGAUGAUAAUGAAUCUAUUGAAUCUGUCCUGAGUCGUGGAAGAGGCAGAUCUAGUCGAGCAUCGUCAGAAGAUAGGUCAUCCAGUAGAGGCAGUAGUGUCCAGCGGAAUAUUGGCUCCUCAAGGGCAUCAUCUAAAGAAGACAUAGAACUUGGUAUCAGUGAGCACAAAACUUCCAAAAGCAACUCACGGCCAGGAGGGAAGGACAACUCGAAGGAAAUAACUAACCAAAGUCUAAAUUUGACAACAUCAAAGAAAAAGGACAUUACGAAACAAACAAGCAGCAACUCUUCUUCUGCAGCUAAACGUGCAAUAAACAUUGCAACGCCAGCCAAAGAAAAAUCCCCACUAACUCCUGCUAAAACACGUACCAACGUUCGCAAAGGCAGCACAUCUGCAAAAUCAUCCAACAUCAUCCAGCAUGGUGCAGGCCAAACUCCACCAGAAACAGAGAAUUUAAGAAGGAAAACCCGAAGUACAGCUGCAAGUAAACGAUACGGGGAGUCAUCUGACGCAGAUCUUGCUGCAUUAAAACGACGAAGAAUUUCAAAAGACACUAAAAGUUAGCGUAGAUGGAAAUGUCAUUGGAAAUGUCUAGGAAGCCGAACCGGUGAAAACUAAAGCUGCUUUAUCAUGGCGACGUAAUCUUCGAAGUUGACAAAAUACUCGUUUUGUGCGUAUAUGGACAAGCGGCAAGGACCUAAAGAAAUAUAAUGAGACGACGAUAACAAAUACUAUAGUUUAGUUGUUGUUCAACACCCCAACAAUUGUUGAUCUAGCGACCCCUAUAUUUUGAAGGUGUACAUUACUCGUUUGUUGCUAAAACAAAGCUUACCUGCUACUAGCAAUUGAAUGAUCGAACUAUUGUUAUUACUCUUAAUUUAUGUACAUAACUUGUAAAUAAUUUUUAAAUCUAAAACAUGGUAAAAGUAAUAGCGUCAAUUAAAUUGCAUGGGGGUGACGCUAAAAUGGUUAGUGUUGUUGGAGGUUCAAUAUUCAUGUGUUUUGGCUUUGUUAAAUUACUGUAAAUACUUUAUAUUAAAUAUGUAUGACUCUAUAAUAAGUGACAGGAAAAUGAGGGAGUGCAUCUCGUCUCAUUAUGAUCAUUGAUAGAAAGAGAGUUCGCAGAUAGAGAAGUGAUACACAAACUACAAAUUACUGUAUAAGCAUUAGUUGUAUGUACGCGUGAAUAAUUUCAAGCGAAUAAUGUCGAGUAAAUUUCACGAAUUAAUGAAAUAUUUAUAUAUUCUUAAGUGUUAGGUCAGGCAAUUUUAUUAAAUUUUAGCAAAAAGCGAGUGGGAUAUAAAAUUAUAUAUUCUUGUGAAUGACAUGAGACUCGUAUUUCUAGAACUAAUUUAUUCUUAUUACUUCUAGAAAUGAGACGGACAAAAUGUUUAUCGUUGAUCGUAACAAGAAGCGUAAAUAUAAUCGUGAACUAUAUAUCGUUCGAAUUUAAUAGUUGCAUUUUAAUUAAUUUAAUAUUGCUAUUACUUGAAUAAUGUUAGCUAAAUAAUUCAUUAAUGUUUUUAUAUAACCGAGAAAUAGUCAGGAAUUCUGAAAACAAUUCCUUUAUUAUAGUACUAUACACAAGUAAACACGUUUAUUAUGAAAUGUUAAAAAAUAUUGAGCCACGUCACAUCACCUACUUACUUAUGUAUGCUUAGUUUGUAGCCCCAUUUUUAGAAACUUGAUUUCUUUUCGAAAGAAAUAAAACAUGUUAUUAAUGAACACAAAA